CACAAACGCCGAUUUGCAUGAAGUGUUUUGUGGCCGCAUGCAGCUUGCACUGCUGCACACAGCGAGUGUCGGAGGGCAAAGCCACGGAUGCGCAGGAGUGUUCUUGUCCUUUUUCAUUUGACGGAGAUACGGUGUCGGACGUCGAAAGAAACCGGGGAAUUAAAAAAAACAAAAACAAAAAAAACAGGAGACGCUACACUUGAAUGUGAAAAUGGAGCUUCCCGCCGCGGGAGAGCACGUCUUUGCGGUGGAGAGCAUCGAGAAGAAGCGGAGCCGGAAGGGAAGGGUUGAGUAUCUGGUCAAGUGGCGUGGAUGGUCCCCAAAGUACAAUACAUGGGAACCAGAGGAGAACAUUCUGGACCCAAGGCUGCUUGAUGCUUUUGAAGACAGGGAACGUCAAGAGCAGCUGAUGGGCUAUCGCAAGAGAGGACCGAAGCCCAAGCACCUUCUGGUUCAGGUCCCUUCUUUUGCCCGGAGAUCCAGUAUACUUGCUGGCCUUCAUGAGUCAUCCCUGCAAGAAGACAGCUGUCACAACACCAGUUCAGUUCCAAUGCUGCGUCCCCAGAGCCAGCAGUACCAGCUGAACAGCAAGAGACACCAUCAGUACCAGCCCAUGAGCCGAGACGGUGAGACAGAGCCGCACGCCAAUGGCAAGAAGUUCUACUAUCAGCUCAACACCAAGAAGCACCACCACUACCAGCCAGACCUGCAGGUGUGCGAGUCUGUGUUUGCAAAACCCAGAGAGGUCAACGCUCCGGAGCAGCCUAUUAAGGGGUACAAUCUCCCCCCUGUGCUGCAGCAAAAAUGGUUCCGGGACAAGACUUCAGGCGUCUUGACUAAAGUAAAGGACAUCACCAUGGAGCUGAAAAAGCUCCCUGCAGACCUCAAUGGUCACAAAGAACUAGAGAAUGCAAAGCCUAAAGACCAUGCAUCAGCACAGCAGCAUAAUUGUGUCAGUGGCAGUAAACUAAAAAUUGUGCAAAACAAAAACAAGAAUGGACGGAUUGUUAUUGUCAUGAGCAAAUACAUGGAAAAUGGAAUGGAGGCGGCAAAAGUCACAAAUGGUGAAUCCCAGUCUGUCGAGAAAUUUUCGCAAGGAGCAGACAAUACAGAAAGGCACCUCGAGAAGAUGAAGCUGGUCAAACAUCUUGGCCUCGUUAAUGGAUUUGCAGAGAAACCCAAAGCCGUCUCCAAAUUCACGGGAGAUUGUACCAAAGAAAAUGAACAGUCCGCCCAAACUAUGCUGGCUGUGACGGAACAGGAUAAAUGUGUUGAGGUCAGGGGUCAGUGUCUGCUUUCAGAGGAUCAGCCUUUACAAUUGACAACCAAGCCUAAUCUGCUCUCUUUGCCUGUGGACACUACGGUUGCCGCCUUCAGUGACAGAAAAACGACCCAAGAUGAAUUUCAAGGAUUAAAGCGACACCUUUCUGACACUGACAGCAAGGAGCAUGGGAGUAACAAGAGGUUUUUAAGCUCCCGCCACACAGUCUCCUCACCCAACCAAAGCAUUAGCACUCACCAAAAUGGCCUCCAGGAUCCCUUUGCAUUGCAGUACUGCGACUAUGCUGAUCGCGAUCAAGAGGAGCCCAUUGACUUGAGCAUUGUUAAGUCCAGGCCUCAAGUUGCCGCUUCCGCAGCGAGCCAGCCGGAACUACUCACACAGGAUGGAACACAGACCGACAUGCAAGUGAAAGAGCAAACUGAAAGUCAGCCGCAGGCUGGAACACAAAAGAUUGCAAAUGUGGACACGCUUGAUUCGUCGCUUGUUGGUGACCAGGAAAAAGGGAAAGUGGAGACGUUUCCCUCUUUCCAGCCGUUCCUUGGGAAUAUCGUCAUCACAGACAUAACUACAAACUGCCUCACAGUUACCUUCAAGGAGUAUGUUACAGUGUAACUGUGUACAUGUGCAUAAAAUAUAAUUGUAUUUUCAAAGGCUUGAAUGUGCAAACAGAACCAGUUUAUAUAUAUGUGUGUAUAUAUAUAUAUGUGUGUAUAUAUAUAUGUGUGUGUAUAUAUAUAUGUGUGUAUAUAUAUAUAUAUAUAUAUAUAUGUGUGUGUAUAUAUAUAUAUAUAUAUAAUUUUGUAUAGCUCAAAAAGACAAGCAUUUGGAUUCUUUAUUUGCUUAUUUCCUGCAUGAUAUUAUUCAUUUGUUGUGACUUUAUUACAUGCAGUAUUUCAAACUUAGUUCAGAAAGCAAGGAAAAGAAUGUUAGAACUAACUGAAAACGCACUUACAUUCUUGUUUUUUUUUUUUUUGUUUUGUUUUUUUUUGCAAUUUCUGCUCUCUACAGUCAAACACUUGUAAAGAAUAUAGGCUUUAUAGAAUUGUUUGUACAGAAGAAAUUUAUAUUGAAACAUGGUCAAAUACACUGUAUGUGUGCGUGUGUGCUUGCGUGUUAACAAAAAGUGUGAAUCCAUGGACAGAUGCGUACAUGUUUAAAACGAAUAAGAAAAGCACCUUUGUCAACAAGUGUCAUUUGUAUUUUUGAGGAGGAGUGUCAAAUGAAACUUUAUCAAUGUUGCUUAUGUUUUGCUUUGUCCCUGUUGGUAUUGUCUGACACUGCCUCAGCCACUCUUAAGAUGGUGCAACCAUGUACGUAUUUAAUUUAUGAUUUGCAGCACUGCAGUGUGAAUUCUUUGUGUGAAUUGUAUAACAAUAGUUGAGCUGUGUAGUCCAUUCGAUUCGUACCACCAGCUGGGUAAUCCAUCAUUUGACGCCACGCUCUGUGCGGCCCACACAUCUGUGUAGCGGGUUUAGCGUGUGUUUCGUAAGCACAUAUCAAACCCUUAUUGAAUAUCUUUGAUGACAGUGGUAAUUUAAAACGAUUCUACAAGCAUAUCCAGAGGUUCUCUUGUAUCUUACUGAAUGCCUCUCACUUUAUAUGGCAUGUUUUCACAGAAAUAAUCGUUACAACACGUGAUUUGUAUCCAGAGGGUGCAGUGAUGUACUUUCAUGUUUUGUGUGCAGAGUAAGCGAAUGCUUCCUAAACAGUUUUGCAAUAAUAAAAUUAUUUGCAGAUUCAA